AGGAGAGAGCAGCAGAGCCGAGCGCAUCACAAAGUUUGAGGCUGCAGCUGUUCGGACACCGCGGAAACACGUACGGGACACCUGAUCAGGUUGUGACUUAAAAGGACCAGGACUUUACCAGGAACAUCUGAUGACACCACGUCUAGUAACGCCUCUCUGUCAUGUUUGCUGAAGAUCCCCAUCAACAGAAUCUGCAAUUAACAGACUGAAGAUCAAACUGGAUGAAGCCACUUUUCAUUUAUGAUUGACAAUUUAACAAACACAAACUCACCCUCUCAGAACGUUCAUUUUCUACCUCUUGUUGCUACUCCUCUUGUCAAAAGAGGCAGUUUUUGAAGGCUUGUCAGCUCUGACCCACUUAUCACGCUCCAAAGAGCCGGGCAAAAAAAAAAGGGAAAACAUUGCUUUUAGCAGGCAACAUCAACAAAAGUGAUGCACUGUUUUAUAUUCAGGGCCAUUGAUCCACUGACCUCCUGAUCUAAUUAGCCACACUUACACAUACACACCUGGUGUUGCUGGCCUCUGCAGAUGCUUUAAAUAGGCCGGCUCUCAUUUCAGUGACACAACACCCAAACGCACUUCAACAGCUUUACCCAAUUGGGUGUUAGAAGUCCAUCUGCACACUAUUAACUCCCGCAGAGAACACUGACCUUGAGUGUGAUCGGACACGUGUUGGUGUGUUUGCGUUAGCGGGAGGCAGUGUCACGUCCUGCCGGCUCUGAUUGAGAGUGAGAAUGAGAGCUGAUGUGGCAGAGUGGCCCUGAUAAAUACUCUAAAAACAUUAGCGCCUGAGGGUCGCUCACCGGAAUAAGAAAGAGAGCUUCAUUAGUCAGUUCCUCAAAAUGAGUGAUACUAAAAAGUAGUCUGUAUUAAUUGAAAAGGGUGUGUGUACAUGUGUGCCUGUCACAUUGUCAGAACAGAUUAGGGCCAGGCCUUUCUGGGUCAUGUCACUUUGACUGACCUAGAUUUGAUGAAAUAAACUGGCUAGCAGAGGAAGAUAUGUAUGCAAACCCUGCUGUGAUCAGAAAACACACAUAUUAGACACCUCCCUCUCUGACCUUGAGGAUUGCUCUGCAGUCUUCUUACUUGUCCGCUGACUCUGACUUCUUAACUUCUUAUUCAGGCCACAUGCUCUUCCACCAACAACCAGAGAAUAUAAUAUAAAACUUGUAAAUCCCCUUCUUCUUAACCACUGUAAUCAAACUCCCAGUCUCCAGUUUGGCUUUCCCUCCUGCACCACCCCUCAUGAACACCUUCCCUUCCUUCUCGGCAACUCCUCCCAAUACACCAACCAUCCAGUCAGUGUGUAAGCCCUGCCUACGGGCCCCGUGGAGGAUGAACGAUGUGCCCACACUUGACUACGAGUUGCUGCUGUCCCCGGCCAGCACCUCCCUCCCGGGCAGUCCUGGCGGUGGCAGCAGCAGCCCCCCUCUGGCCUUGGUUGGGGUGGACACUGAGCAGCGCACUGCCUUGGCCUUUGUAGGUCUCCUCAUGCUCUUCCUGGUCUUCCUGCUGGUCAGGUGCUUCAGGAUCCUGCUGGACCCCUACAGCCGCAUGCCUGCAUCAUCCUGGACUGACCACAAGGAGGGGCUGGAGAGGGGCCAGUUUGAUUACGCACUGGUGUAGUGUAAAAGAGGGUGUGGAAAGGGGAAUAUUUCAUUGCACACAGAGCAAUUUAGAUGUGGAAAUGGACUGUACCAAUGCAUAAUGAUGUGAAUGCACUGUAAGGAGGGUUUACUUAAUGUUGGUGUAUGCCUGGUUUAUAUUCCUGUAUUGCAGCCUGUGUACUGGUGUAAAUAUGAGGCUGCAGGACACAUCACAAGUCUGACACACAGACCACUGGAAUCGCUGCGAGCCAAACACCCAGAUGUUGGCCGAUGAAGGACAGAAAUAAUGUGCUGCACAGCUGCCUUAACCUGACCUACUGUACCCUUCAAACAUGCUACAACAUCACCUUAGGGCUAGGUUUCUCAAACUCCAAGCUUGCCAGUAUAAAAACACAACAUGAUUUUGGGAAGAUCACCUUCACUCGUGACAUAGUUUAUAACCUCAAAGCUACAUUUUUGAUGAGAACACGCAACAUGCUGAACACAAGCAGAACUUAAAGGGGACCUUUUUAUGCUUAUUUUCAGGUUCAUACUUGUAUUUUGGGUAUCCACCAGAACAUGUGAACAUGCUUUAACAAGAAACACUAUUUCUCAAUCUGCCCAUGGCUGCUGCACCUCUAUUCCCCCUCUGUCUGAGAACCUCACUCUGUAAACCCCCCAUUGGAAAAAGUCCAGUAUGCUCUGUUUAGUCUGUGUUAUCACUGUAUCUGUGCUCUCCAAGCCCCCAGGAACAGUGCCGGGCUUUGGAGCCAAUUUGAGAUAGUGGUCAAACCUUUAAUUACAAAUUCUUUACAAAUACAUUGUCCCAUAGACAUUAAAGAUAUGUCUGUAGAGUCUUGUUUUUGAGCAUCACAGCACCUGCAAAAUUACUUGUUUCUUAGGAAAGAACAGAACCCCAGAUUGUACCACUAUAUUUAUGACAUACAAUAAGGAAGAACAUAAUAGGUCCCCUUUAAAUGAAGGCGUUUACACUUAAGCAGAUGCCCCUUUAAUGAACCAAUGUCCGUUGUAAAGCAUCCAAGUGUUAAGUGCUGAUCAAGGAGCACAAAUCCUCCCUUUUUUUUUGGACACUGAUCCUGGAGCAGCACUGCAGUUUCAGAUGCUUUUUAAGCAGGUAGUUGUGUGUCUCCAUAAACUUUUGUCUGUGUAUGUUUUGUGUGUUACUAUGUCUAUAACUGAGAAGCCAUAUUGAAAACUAUAAUCUCUUAUUACUGCGAGUAGAGUUUGUGUUCACUGGUUGUGUCCUUUGCUUUAGUCAGCCUGCCAAGUGUGGUGAUGAAGCAAACAGCAACCUUUAGGCAAAAAAAGCUUUAUUUUUCUAUUCUUGACUCAAGUUUGGGAGUCUCCUUUUUGCUAUCUUUCUGUCCUCUUCCUCUUACUGUAUCAAUCUUUAGACUGUGGAUUUUUGAGGUAGUCAUGCAGCCACGUCUUAGAAGGAGGCAAAGCAGGUAGCUUUCCCUUUCUUGUGUUUUGUAAUUACAUAUUUUUCUGACUAUCUGCUUUGUUUUUGAUACACUGGGUUGAAUCAGUGAAAAUAAAAAAAUAUUUUCUUCUUUUUCCUUAUU